UAAUUCGCAUUGAAGAAGUUACAGAUAAACGUAGUGAUUGUUGAGUGCAGCUGAGCAAUGGCAAACAAGACGACUUCCUACUAUCUGAACGAUCCUGCCUACCCAAAACCAGACGAUUUUGAUUACAACGUGAUCAUUGUUGGGUCCGGUAUUGCCGGGCUUUCGGCUGCCCAUAAAAUAGCCGAAAAAAAUUGCGGUAUUACCGUUCUGGUGCUCGAAGGUAGCGAUAAAAUCGGGGGAAGACUUGCCGUGUCAGGUGUAACGAAGGGGUUUUUUAUCGACAACAGACAGAGGCACAUAAACAGGUUGAUAAGGGAACUGGGACUGACGUCGGAGUACAGAAAACCAAGCAAAAACGAAGACAGGAUUUACUACUCUCGAAGUGGCCCAAUCGUCGUUCGACGAGAAAAGAUGGUCGACGAAAUCGACGACUUCGUCAAAAGGCUGGACCAGACCUUCCAGUCCUCCAAGCUUAAGAUGUGCGCGGAUUAUCCCGAGGCGAAAAAAUUGGCCAGAAUGAGCUUCGACGCUUUAAUCGACGACUGUAUAACUGGCUCCGAAGCCCGAGAACUCAUGAAAGCAAUCGUUUUCUCUAUCUGCGGACUAGAAGCCGCCUCCGUUUCAACUCUCUGGUUCAUCGCGAUGGCGAUUGGCGCAGGCGGGUUAAAACGGAGGAUGAAAUUCGCCCUUGGAAGCAACCAGAGGAAAUUUAUCUCGGGUGGAGCCGGAGAAAUACUCAAGGAACUCUGGCGGAAGGCGGUUCACGACGAGGGGACCAAAAUUCAAACCAACAGCCUCGUCGAGCUGGUAGAAUUCAACGACGUUUCUGCCUACGUGUCGAUUCUCAACGGCGAACAAUACAAAUGCGAGUACGUGAUCGUUGCUGUGCCGCCACCAGACAGUUUGAAAAUAAGGAUUCUUCCAGCGAACGAAGAAGUGUUAAAAAAUCAAACAUCUCACGAGCCUGGAAGGGCGACUUUCUUCGUUGCAAAAUACGACGAGGCCUGGUGGUUGCGGAGCAACUACAGCGGGGAUAUUCUGGGCUCGAUAGAGAAUCCGAGCGAGCUUCGAAUCGUCUACGAAGCGACUUGCCCGCCCGAUUUAUCGCCAGCCUUUUUGGCGGGCUUUUUGAAAAGAAGUAACGACGAAAAGACCUCCCAUCCUCUCGAGGCGCUGCGAAACUGCUGGACGAGGACGGUUCGGGGUGCGAAUGGAUCGGCCCUUCCAUACUCGACGAUGUUCAAGCACUACGCGGAGUCUAAAUGGUCCGAGGAAGAAGAAGCCUUGGGGAUGAACCGAGGCGGUCAACCUAUGAGCGUGAUGAGACCUUGCCACGUUAAUAAUCACCUAAACCCAAUGCUGAGACCGCAUGAAAGGGUUUACUGGGCGUGCAGCGAGUACGCGCAAUUUUGGCCAGGAACGAUGGACGGCGGUGUUGAAUCUGGAGAAUACUCGGCGUGUUCGAUCCUGUACCAGGUUCGUCCGCAGUCCCUGAACAGUGAGGAGCUGCGUUUUGUAACACCGAAGACGGCGCCGGUUGCUGCCAGGAAGAACGAUCUGCCUCUCGACUUAGUUGCACUCCACUUUGUCACCGCGGGGAUCGUAACCGCGAUUUUAAUCAUCUACUGCAAACCGGUUAAAUAAACGCGAAAUCGCACGAGUCUCCGGUUUAUAUGUAUGUGUAUGUAUACGCACAUAUUUAUUUUUUUACUCUCGCUGUUGGAGAAAGAGCAAUAAAAAGGCACGGUGUGCGGUGCAGGCGUAAGAGGUUGA